AUGGACAGCAACUAUUACCAAAACCAACUGUUAAGCGCAAUCUCUGAAGAUGAUACCGCACCUUACACAACACUGCCAGCAGAUGGCCUCGUCUACAAUCAUUUGCAGUUGACAUUGCAGGUUCAGACAGACAUCAAAAACCAUCAGCGUAUCCAGGACUUUUUGAACUGUGCCAGCAAUGAUUCAAUUCUAGACUUUGAUGAACUGUAUUCCUCAGUAACAGCUGAAUCAGAUCUGCCCUACUUGCAAAUGAUGGAGCAACAAUCAGCAACAACUCCUUUUUAUACCCCAAUUGGCUCUUUUAUGGAUACAACAGCAUUUGAUAUGGCAUGUCUACCACCACACAGCAGCAUAACAGGACUUGACACUGGUCUAGGUGUUGAGCAACAAUGCCAUCCGCUAUCGCUAUAUCCAGAGAAUACCACUCAUUCAGAUAUGUUCCCCUGCGACUACCCUCUUCAGGAUCAAGACAUGCCGAAUGAAUUUAAUUGUAACAAUACUUUUGACUCGAAUCAUUAUUUCGAUGAACCACCAUCGUCUGCCUUUAUGCCAUCUCUCAUGCCAUACCCUGUACCUUCCAUUCACAAGACAGCAACUCCAAUUUCAGCCUUCUCCAACGAACAUCAUUUAGCAUACCGGAGCAAUUCAACGCCUAUGCUGUCUGCAUCAUUUUCAUUUUCAUCAUUCUCAUCAGCUUCAUCGAACGAGGGAGAAGCGUCACUGCAAAAAGAAAUUACCUUAGAUCAGGAUGAGCUGUCAGCAGAUAUACAGCUACCCACAAUGCCCAGAAAAUCAGCAUCUAUGAGUUACAUUUCAGAACCAGGAAUGGCCAAACGAAAGAAAAGAAUGUCAAUGGCUCAAAGAAAAGGAAGCAUAAACAAUCUCAAAUCAGAGCAAGUAUCGAAGCAAAAGAACGUGAAGCACAAGAAAGUGAGCCUAUCAUCAUCAUCAUCUGAUAGUUUAUCAUAUUAUCUUGCCAGACAACAGCUAUCUGAUGCUGAUGAAUAUGAAGACGAAGGUGAUGAAGAGCCCAACAGUACAUCAAACACAUCCUCAAUCACCGGAACCACAUGCAAGAAAGGUAGAAAUGUCGACAAGGCUUGUAAUCAUUGCAAAAGAUCCCAUUUGCGAUGUGAUAAUGUGCGUCCAUGUCGUCGUUGCGUGGCAACUGGUAAAGUGGGUUGUCAAGAUGUAAAGCAUAAACCAAGAGGGAGACCUCGCUUACAAAAGAAGCGUAACUCUGUGCCUAUACUGUAA